AUGCUUCAAUACGACAACAACCUGGACGAUCGACGUGUCAUCAUCUUCGCAACAAAAAACAACCUGACAGCCCUAGAGCAGAGCAGCAGCUGGUAUAUCGACGCAACCUUCUCAUCCUCACCGCAGCGGUUCUAUCAGUUACUGACUGUCCACGCGGAGAUGGUGAACUUCACGGAGGAUUCAACCUGGUGCUUCCCUUGCGUCUACAUUCUCCUGACCCACAAGGACACUCCCAUCUACAUGGAAGCGUUCGGCGCCCUCAAAAACCUUGGUUCCUUUUCUCCAGACCGAAUCAUGGUGGACUUUGAGCUCGCCCUGAGGAACGCCCUAUCGUCUACAUUCGAGUCAGCCCAAGUGGAUGGGUGCUUCUUUCAUAUCUGCCAGGCUGUCAUGAGAGCUGUCGGGAGGCUUGGAUACAAGGAGGAGUAUGAAAAAGUCCUGACAGAUCCCUCAUCUGGCCAGAAGAACUACACCCCUACACGAAUCUGGAUACGGAGACUGAUGCUCCUAGCCUUUAUCCCCACCGAGGACGUCAUCGAAGCGUUUUUCAGAAUCCUGGAUGAUAUACCGAUAGGCCUCGACAUUGACGAUCUCCUGGCAUACUUCCAGACCACUUGGAUCCAGGGACUAACGACUGCCUCCGGCACCGGACGAGCUAAAUUCCCUCCGUCCACGUGGAAUGCCUAUGAACGCAGCCACUUCAACAUGAACCGGACAAACAACGUGGUGGAGUCCUGGAACAAGAAGUUCUCUGCUCUAGUCGGACACGCAAACCCGACCAUCUACAAUUUCAUUGCAGCAGUCCAGAUGGAACAGUCCUCGACAGACAAGAAGAUCUUAGCGAAUUCGCUUGGAGAGCAGCCGCCUAAGAGGAAGAAGGCCAACAGCGACAAGGAUAGAAGAAACCUCAGCAUAGUUCAGAACUACCAUUCGUACGAGGAUGAUGUUUUAACCUAUAUUGAUUUGCUAAAGAGUGCUAUGUGA